GUGGUCAUUUUUCCUCUCUCAUAAUAUUUUCUUGAUCUCUGAAAAUAUCUAAUGGAUCCAAAGGGCUAGAGAUAUUUUGCUUUCUGUUCUUACUCAAGAAUGUGGUUUGAGGAUGGAAUUCCACCCAACUCAUCUGUUGUGGCCUAUCAAGAAAACCAGUCAAUCAUUUCCAAAAUUUCCUGCUGUCCUUGCGGACGGGUGGCUUCAAUCAUAUGACACGAUCAAACAUUAACUUAGUGUGUACUAACUUCUGGCUAUAUGAGAGUAGGAGAAGGGGAGCAAAGCCAAGGGCACCAUGGCCAUGGCAUCCCUGCGCCCACUUCUGCUUGUCCUGGGCCUCCUGCUGUGUGUGCUCGGGCCCUCAGUGUCCCAUGCUGGGAAGCUGUUGGUGGUCCCAGCAGACGGCAGUCACUGGCUGAGCAUGCUCGGAGUCAUCCCGCAGCUGCAGCAGAAUGGACAUGAAAUUGUGGUCAUGGCCCCUGAGGCCCUGUUGUACAUAAAAGAAGGUUCAUCUUACACAUUGAAGACGUACCCUGUGCCAUUCCAGAGUGAGGACGUGGAGGCCAGUUUUGUUGAACUUGGCCAUGAUACUUUUGGGAACUAUCCUUUCCUGCAGCGUAUGAUUAAAAUAUACAAGAAAGUCAAAAGGGACUCUGCUAUGAUCUUCUCUGGCUGUUCCCACCUCAUGCACAACAAGGAGCUGAUGGCCUCCCUGGUGGAAAGCAGCUUCGAUGUUGUGUUGACCGACCCUUUCUUCCCUUGUGGUGCCAUUGUGGCUCAGUACCUGGCUCUGCCUGCUGUUUUCUUCCUGAAUGCAUUGCCAUGUGGCCUGCACUUUGAAGCCACCCAAUGUCCCAACCCACUGUCUUAUGUGCCUAGGUCUAUGUCCUUGAACCCAGAUCGCAUGAGCUUCCCACAGCGGGUGAAGAAUGUGCUCAUUGCCUUGACAGAGAAAGUCAUGUGCAAUAUGGUUUAUUCCCCCUAUUCGCUCCUUGCUUCAGAAGUCCUUCAGAGAGACGUGACUAUCCAGGAUCUUCUGGCUUCUGCAUCUAUCUGGCUGCUCAGAACUGACUUUGUGAAUGAGUAUCCCAGGCCCACCAUGCCCAAUAUGGCUUUUAUUGGUGGGAUCAACUGCCUUGCCAAAAACCUGCUCUCCCAGGUGUGUAUCAGAGUGGAUUUUUUGCAUGCCUGUACUCUUGGGAGUUCUUUAGAUGAAGGAGCUUUCUGAAGUGAUCCUGCAUUGGUGGAGAAAAUUCUGGGCUGAAAAUAGUUCUUCAUAUUCCUAUAAUUGCAUACAGGUGUGUAUAUAAUUUUUAUUGCUUGUUUUACAAAAUAGGGCAGCAAUGUAAGCCCUUUACUCACUUGUUAAUAUGCGGUGGCUAUUGCUCUGGUUCUGAAUAGUAUUUCUGGUUUUUAACUGACCAACCGUAUUUCAUGGUAUUUAGGUCCUACAGUUUAUUCUGCUGGCUGUCUAAUCUAGUUUUCUAUGAAGAACAUUGGAAUUUGUAUUCCAGGACUUUCUGUUGUUGUGACAAAAACAUUCUCAGCAAAGAUCAAA